AUGGCCAAACUCAUAGAGAAGUUUUGGCGUCUUGAAGAAGCGUGCUUUCAAGACUGGGAACCAAAGCAACAUGACGAAUGCGAGGCGGAAAGUCACUUCCGCACAACGUUAGAGAUCGCUCCCGACGGGAGAUACAUUACACGAAUGCCCCUACGGGGGGAGCCGUCAUCGUUAGGCGACUCUUAUCAACAAGCAUAUAGAAGAUUCACAUCGCUUGAGCAAAGGCUCAAGCGGAAUGCAGACCUGUACAAAGAGUACAGGGCAUUCAUGAAUGAAUAUGAAACACUGGGACAUAUGGUACCAGUCACCACAGAAGACUUUCACAAAGUAAAGUAUUUCAUCCCUCACUCGUGUGUGGUGAAACCAGAUUCAACAUCCACCAAGGUUAGGGUGGUGUUCGACGCAAGUGCAAAGACGUCAACCGGAGUAUCCCUGAACGAUAUACAAAUCGUGGGACCAACCAUUCAAAAGGACUUAUUUGAUCUGCUAAUUGAUUUCAAGACGCACAACGACGUGCUAGUAGCAGAUAUUGCAAAGAUGUACAGACAAAUUCACAUCGCAUACACAGACACUUGGUUACAAUGUAUUUUGUGGCGCGACAGCCCCAAUGAUCAAUUGAAAGCGUAUAGACUGACGACUGUCACAUAUGGUGAAGCGUCUUCAUCAUUCUUGGCCUGUAGGGCACUACACGAAGCAGCUGAAGAUUAUCGGUCGGUAAAUCCGAGAAUUGCCGACACCAUUCAACGAUCGUUCUAUGUUGACAAUCUAAUGAUUGGAGCGUCCAACGCAGAUGAACUGACGGAGACUAAACGAGAAAUAGAGCAUGCAUUGUCACUUCAUGGAUUUCCACUUCGAAAGUGGGCAUCAAACAACGCAAGCGUACUGGAAGGAAUUCCAGAGAAAGACUUGGAACCAUUGAUCCAAGUUGGUGACCAAGAGAUCAUAAAGACAUUGGGGAUAGCCUGGAACCCCAAAACAGACGUGUUCCAGUUCAUCAGUACGAAAAACAUAGGUGAAACAUACGAAGCGCUCACAAAGCGACAGAUGGUCUCGAAGAUUUUGAGACUGUAUGACCCAAUCGGAUUGAUACAACCUGUAAUCAUUACAGCUAAAAUAUUGAUGCAAGAAUUGUGGACUUAUAACGUCAGCUGGGACGAUGAUGUUCCAGAUCAAGCACUAAGCUCAUGGAAGAAGUUCGAAGCUUCAUUAGUGGAGCUCAGCAAGAUAGAAAUACCUCGGAUGUCGACUCCGAGUCAUACGAUCGCACUAGAUUUACACGGAUUCAGUGACGCCUCCGAAAAGGCUUAUGGAUGCGUCAUUUACUUACAUGCAAUCAACUUAAAAGGAGAAGAGAGUACGAAUCUCUUAUGUUCGAAAUCGAGAGUGGCGCCUUUGAAGAAGGUCACUCUGCCCCGUCUGGAACUCUUGGCGGCGGCACUUCUAGCAGAACUAACUGCUAAAAUAAAGAGCAUUCUGGCCGGUCGAAUCUCGUCGGAAUAUUACUACAGUGAUUCACAAGUAGCGCUAAGUUGGAUCAAAUCUUCAAAUACACGUUGGGGAACCUUCAUUAGAAAUAGAGUGCAGAAGAUACACUCCACCACGAAUCCAGAGCAUUGGAAAUAUAUAUCUACGAAAGAAAAUCCGGCUGAUAUGGUUUCGAGAGGAAUUCCAGUCAGAAAAUUACGCGAAGCAAAACUAGAAUUUUGGUUACACGGACCGGAAUGUAUACGAAGAAGACAAUAUUAUCUGCAGAGCGGCUACGAAUACACUGCUGCUGCAGAACAGGAAGAGAUUAAAGAACCAAUAACACGAUUGGUAGCAGCAACAGAAAAGGCAUGCGAAGACUUAAUCGCAAAAUACCCGCACCAUCACACUCAUGACAAAACAGUAAGACACUUUGCAUGGCUGUGUAGAGCCAUAAACAAUAUGAAGAAGGUCAAUAAAGACACAGGCAUCAGAAACGAAAAGAGAUCGGGCCCACUCACCACCACUGAAUUGAAUGAAGGACUAACACUCGUAGUCCGAAUUAUGCAAGCCACUAUUUAUCCAAAUGAAGUAGCGGAAUUACGAAAAACUGGGAAGGUGCCUACGAAAGGACCUUUCCAGCAUCUCAACGCAAUCGUCAGAAAUGGAGUCAUACAUGUCACAGGGAGACUCCACAAUGCAGAAAUGCCCAUCUCACAAAAGAAUCCAAUAUUGAUUCCCAAAUCGCACCCAUUUUCGAGGGUAAUAAUUCAAAAAAUACAUGAGGAUAGAUUUCACGCCGGAACAGAUCUGGUAAUAAACGAAUUUCGACAAAGAUUUUGGAUGAGGGAUCUCCGAAGGACCGUACAAGGAGUCAUUCAACGAUGCAUCUUAUGUGCCAAAGCGCGGCCCAGACGUUUACAGCAACGAAUGGGACAACUGCCCUCGCCCAGGGUAAAUGAAUCAGUAGCGUUCACUCACACGGGAGUGGACUUAUGUGGGCCAUUCGAAGUAUAUCUCAAUCAAAAAUCGAAAUGCAAGACCACAGCAUAUGCUUGCAUCUUCAUAUGUUUUGCGACCAAAGCAGUUCACCUAGAAGUCGUCGAAGAUCAGUCGACGGCAGCGUUCAUAUCAGCACUUCUCCGUUUCACAUCAGUGAGGGGAAUACCCGAGGUUAUUUACUCCGACAAUGGGCGGAACUUUGUCGGGGCCAGCAGAGAACUCAAUCGUUUACGAAGAAUAUAUAACAAUGAAGUUUUUCAAAACAAAUUAGUUGAUAUUGCGGCAACUCACAGAAUAAGAUUUUCAUUCAUUCCACCCCGAAGCCCCAGCUUUGGAGGACUUUGGGAAGCGAACAUAAAGGUAGCCAAGCGGCUCUUUAGUGCAGCGGCCAGAGGAGCACAGCUAAACAUCAUGGAAUUGCAGACACUGUUCUACCAAGUGGCCGCAAUAAUGAAUUCGCGACCACUCACACCUGUUUACACGACGCCAGAUUCACCGACCGCGAUCACACCCGGUCAUUUUUUGAUAGCACGCCCAAUGCUAGCCGUGCCCAUCCCUACGCAGAGUGAGGAUGGAAGCAAUCUCACAACCAGAUGGAAACGAGUACAAUCGCAGCUCGAACAAUUUUGGAGAAGAUGGAGAGACGAGUAUCUCCACCAGUUACGUGAUUAUGCAAAAUGGACCAAGCAACAAGCCAACGUUAAGGUAGGCCAAAUCGUAUUGAUCGGAGACGAUCACCUUCCCGUAGCAAGGUGGCCUAUGGGAAUUGUCACACAAAUACACCCUGGAGAUGAUGGAGUAGUCCGAGUGGCAGUAGUGCGAACCGCUACCGGAAUUUACAAACGCAACGUGCGAACACUUGCUCCUCUACCAGUCGAGGAGCACACCAUUCAACCCAUUAUAGAAGAGUAUGACAACACAGCUGAUAACGAACAGCAAUCUCAAGCCGAAGCAAUCGAACUAGAAGACGAUCCCCCUCCCCAAGCACCCCAAAUGAUUUGGGACGGUAGACUACGCCCUCGUCCCAAAGGGGGGAGAAAAUGGAAGUACACGAAAUCAGAUUGGGUGACGACCCUAUGA